GUUUUCUGUGCUUCGGUCCCGCUAACUCUGCCCCGGUGUAGCUGAACCUCUGGCCCCGCGGUGCCUGGGCUGCGAGCGCGGUCGUUGUCCGCUCGCGGGCCAGCGCGGUUAGCAGGGUUUAGUGUUCCGACCGGCCUCCUUCACGUCCCUCCCGGCUUUUUCUACGGGCCUUUCCUUAGGGGCGCGUCGGAGAGGCGGAGGCCCCCGGACACGGCCGGAGGAAGUUAGGGGCCCACCCCUCUCUGGGCUCGGAUGGGAGGUGGCGGGGGGAGCGACCUGGGAUGUUCAGUCUGAUGGCCAACUGUUGUAGCUGGUUCAAGCGGUGGCGGGAGCCCGUCAGAAAGGUGACUCUUGUGAUGGUGGGACUCGAUAAUGCUGGUAAAACAGCAACGGCAAAGGGAAUCCAAGGAGAGUACCCUGAAGAUGUAGCUCCUACUGUUGGAUUUUCCAAAAUUGAUCUUAGACAAGGAAAGUUUGAAGUUACUAUCUUUGAUUUGGGAGGAGGAAAAAGAAUUCGGGGAAUCUGGAAGAAUUACUAUGCAGAGUCCUAUGGAGUAAUAUUUGUUGUGGAUUCCAGUGAUGAAGAGAGAAUGGAAGAGACAAAAGAGACAAUGUCAGAAGUACUGAGACACCCUAGGAUAUCAGGAAAGCCUGUGUUGGUGUUGGCAAAUAAACAAGACAAGGAAGGGGCUUUAGGAGAAGCUGAUGUGAUUGAAUGUCUGUCCCUUGAAAAAUUGGUCAAUGAGCACAAGUGCCUAUGCCAAAUAGAACCUUGUUCAGCAGUCUUGGGAUAUGGAAAGAAAAUUGACAAGUCCAUUAAGAAGGGUCUUUAUUGGCUACUACAUAUUAUUGCAAGAGACUUUGAUGCUUUAAAUGAACGCAUCCAAAAAGAUACAACAGAACAGCGUGCUCUCGAGGAACAAGAGAAACAAGAAAGGGCUGAACGAGUGCGAAAAUUGCAAGAAGAAAGUGAAAAAGAAGCAACAACAACAAAAAAUGAGUUGGAUACAAGAAAUUUCAUAAAACAAAGAGAAGGAGGGGAGGCUGAAGUCAAUGGAACCAGUGAUCUGGCUGAGUUGGACCCAGAACCAAUGAAUCCCUUUCGCCCGAUAGCAUCUGUAAUCAUUGAGAAUGAAAAAAAACUUGAAAAAGAGAAAAAGAAGCAAGCAAUGGAGAAAGUCAGUGAUGACUGCAACCCGAAACAUAACACGGAGCAUGAGGAAAUAGACACUCAGAGCCAGAUUAAUAACAAUGGCCAAAAAAGUAAUGAAUUUGGACUAGUGGAAAAUUGUAAGGAGGCAUUAACACAGCAGUUGGAGGAUGAAGAUAACACAGACCAGCGAUCAUCAGAAUCAGAUAGUGGUAAAAAGAAAACUAGGAAACUAAGAAUGAAAAGGAGUCACCGGGUAGAACCAGUUAAUACAGAUGACUCUGCUCCUAAGAGUCCAACACCACCCCCACCCGCUCUUCCAAUUGGCUGGGGAACCCCCAAAGUCACUAGACUUCCAAAACUUGAGCCUCUUGGUGAAACACGUCAUAAUGAUUUCUACGGAAAGCCACUGCCUCCCCUGGCUGUGCGUCAGAGACCCAACAGUGAUGCUCACGAUGUGAUCUCAUAGCCACGUCAUGUGGAUAAGCUCUCUUACUAUCAGCAAGGUGAACUGGGACAUUCUUUUUUCUCAAAAGAAGAAAAACCCUGAACACUGAUGACUGACUGAGGCAAGAUAAGUAUAGCAAUUUCAGUGAGGAAAUUAAUAGUUAAGGAUCUCACUUAACAAUUACUUAUCCAUGUUCUUUAUAGUUAAAAAAGAAAGAAAGCAAAAUGAUCAGUAGAUGGGAUGAGCAUUUGGACCAAGCUAGAAAGAUUUAGUAUUGACUCUCUGAUGUACACAUCCCCACUCAUGAGCAUAUUCUUGGAGGCAAACUUCAGAGAAAGAGCCAAUGGACUCUGCACAUUUUCUUUACCAUUUGUUUUAAUUGUCUGUAUUUCUAUAUAUUAAAUUUUUUUUUUUUUUUGUAAAAUACAUGCACAUAGAAGGGGAACUUCUGAGAAUUUGUAACCUAAAUUUUUAACUAUUUUUAUAUUUUUCUAAAACUUUUGAGAAUUUUAUUUACUAUGAUAUUGAUUAUGCACUUUUCUAUAGAAGCUUUGUUUAAAUUGUUUCUGGAAAAUACAGUUGAUUCAUUUGAUGGCCAUGAACUAUACAAAUAGGAUAUACACGUAUUUAUAUGGCUUGAGAUAUGUUUUGUAAUAACAUUGUUCUUGAAGCAUAUGCCCUAAGUUGUUCUAAUUUAAGAAUAAUACCUCUUUAAAACAGUAGAUUCUCAGAUUUUUAUUCUACCAAAUUAUGCGAUUUGAAAGCAGUAUCAAGGAGAAAGUUCAAUGUUUUUUGUAAUUUGUUUUCUUUGAUGAUGACCUUAAUAAAUGAAAGAGACUUUUGAAAUACCAUUUUUACCUAAAUGCUUUUUAAAUUAAUCAAAAUAUGUUCUAUGGCAGCAGUUCUCAACCUGUGGGUCGUGACCGAACGACUCUUUCACAGGGGUAGCCUAAUAUCAGAUAUUUACAUUACAAUUUAUAACAGUAGCAAAAAUUACAGUUAUGAAGUAGCAACAAAAAUAAUUUUAUGUUUGGGGGUCACCACAACAUGAGGAACUGUAUUAAAGGGUUGCGGCAUUAGGAAGGUUGAGAACCACUGUUCUAUGGGAUAUUACUUAAAGUCUCAGUAUGCCCCUAUUUUAAAGGAGACACUUUCAGAGAAUAAGGUACUCCCUGUUACACCCUUGUUCUGUCAGAAGCUGCUAUGACUCUUUUAUUCUAUUUCUUUUCUGCCAUGAAAUUAAAGGCCAAAAGACUGAAAAAUCUACUGUAGGUCCAGAAACUUGUGUUUUGCAACUGGGCAAUAGCAUGAGUACUAAAGCAAUAAGAGUAAAAAUGUUGUUCAAAAAUCACUUUUGUAAAAAAAAAAAAAAAUUCCAAAAUAAUUUAUCAAUUUAAGAAGGUAACACUUUUCUUGCACUUAAGAAUGGGAUUCAUAGGAUUGUCUAUUCAUUUGAUAUUUAGACAAACUUUUAGAUUUAUAUUUGGAGCAAUACAUCCAUGAUGUUUCAUUUAAUUGAAAACAUCUUUUUAUCAAGGUAGAAAUAUUAUAAAUAGAAUAGAUUCUAUAUCACCUUGUUAAGAUUAGUGUUUUUGGUCAUUUGUACUGACAAUAGGCAUAUAUUGAUAUUUGAAAAUAAUAUUAAGAAGUACAUUUAAUGUAGUUUGAUAUGAUGGUUAACUUUUAAAAUUUUAUUUCAGAUCAUUAUAUUCACAUUUUUUACUUACUGAACUUUCAUUAAUUAAUCAGGUCACUUACUCCUCUAGUCAGCAUCGUAUAAUUUGU